AUGAAUCAAAAACAAACCAUGGUGAUGUUUUUCUUGUUAGCCCUAAUCUCGACAUUGAUUUUCAGACAAUCUGAAGCGGAUGCAAAUUAUUGUUCAACGACCGCCAUAGAUAACGUGCCGGGAUGUUUUGAUGCGGUGAGAUUAGCGUCAGAUUUUGAUUUCAGAUGGCUAUCAAAAGAUUGUUGCCAAGCAGUGAGAAUAUUUCUUGAUCCUUGCUACUUGAUUGUUUAUCCUGGCAAAGCAUACCCUAUUCAUUUCUUCCAAAGCAUUUGUAUUGAUAAGUUUCCUGGAUCAAAUUUAUGA